GCUGCAUUGCGAGGGGGGCGGGGGUAGCUCACACGUGCACAGCCAGAAUAUCCAGCAUGAUCUGAAGCGAGGAUAACUGGUCAAUAAUAACCCGCUGGUCCACCGUGUCUGUAACCGUCUGUGAGCGUCUGUGAGUCGGUCCCGUCGGUGAACAUGGAGGACGACGCGCUGCUGGUCCUGAUCCACCAGCACCUGAAGGUGAACGGCUUCAAGAAAGCGGCCAAAGUGCUGGAGAAACACGUCGCUCAGGUGGAAACUUCAGAGCAGAACUCCAACCUGCGCGAUAUCUACACAGGCUGGGUGAAACUCUGCUCUUUAGCCCAAGAUGCUAAACAAGAGACAGAAGACGCCACCACUCUGAAGAAGAAGAAGAAGAGCAUUAAAACAGAACCUGCCAUCAGCGAAGAGGAAGAGGGCGCGGACGCCAAACUCUCCAACGGCGCAGAGGAAAAUAAUGUUGAUACAAAGCCUCCACCUGGGCCCCUGUCAAAUGGCGUGGAGUCGUCCGGUUCAGAGGUGAAAGGCGAUGUAGAGGAGGAAGAGAACAAGGAGGAGGAAGAGAACAAGGAGGAGGAGUCAACAGAACAAGAGUCGGCUCCAGGUGAAACGUGUGUCCAGGCCACUAACGGCUCCUCUGAGUGUGAGGAAGCAGCCGAAUCCCACCAAGCUGCCUCGGAUCAGCCGGGGGAUGGACCUCUGGCCUCGGGCGCGGCAGGCGAGGGCGCUGCGGAGCGUGUGGAGGACGACGAUGAGCCGAAGCAGGAGUCAGAAGCAGCCACAGACGAAACCCCUGCAUCCGAGCAGACAGCUGUCAGUCAAACAGAGGCCACACCUCCCUGCGCUCAGGAGGAAGAGGAUGAGGAAGACGACGCCGUGAAGACGUCCGGCGAGGCCGAGCCCACCAGCUCUGACCCGGCAGCCGAGGAGGCCAAUGACCAGCCGGCGGAGAGCGAAGCCCCGCCCCCUGCAGAACCUGACAAUGAUGCUGAAAAUCCAAAAGAGGCCGAGACGGUCGAGGACGAGGAGAAAUCCAAGGACCUCACCUCCGACCUGAAGCCUGAGAACCAGACGGAGACGUCGGCAGCUCCUGGUGACGGAGGUGACGCCGCUGAACUCCCUGUUACUGAAGCUGCAGCAGACGACAGCAUCACCCUCAACAUUCAGGUCGAAGACGGUGAAGCAGCCGAGCAAGAAACAGGCCAAGACGUAAAAACUCCCAAGAAGAAGAAGAAGAAAAGUCAAAAAGACCCAGAAACAGUGAGCACAGACACGUCCACCUCAGAAACACUCAGCGACACUCCUCUCUCCUCCAAGUCUGCCAAAAAGAAGAAGCUAAACAAAAAGAAGGAAGAGGAGGAGAAGCCGGUGGUGGUGGAGGAGGCGGUGGAGGUGGAGGAGAAGCCGAGGAGGAGGCGGUGGAGGAGGUGGAGGAGGCGGUGGAGGCGCCUCAGGUAA